ACGUACCAGUCACAGCAACACCGAAGCUCCGUGGCCGACGACUUCACAUCUCGAGACCUGAAGCGUGGGGCAACACCAGAUCAACGAGAAGGGGAUCUAUCUGGAAAGACAUGCGAUUCCCACCGACGUCGCAACAAUGCUGUCCUUUAUUCUGAUCCAGAACCGCCAGGGCAAGACCCGUCUUGCGAAGUGGUACGCACCAUAUAGCGAUGAUGAGAAGAUCAAGCUCAAAGGCGAGGUACACCGCCUUGUCGCGCCGCGCGACCAGAAGUACCAGUCCAACUUCGUCGAGUUCCGCAACAACAAGAUCGUCUACCGCCGCUACGCCGGCCUCUUCUUCUGCGCCUGCGUUGAUACCAACGACAACGAGCUGGCAUUCCUCGAGGCCAUCCACUUCUUCGUCGAGGUCCUCGACGCUUUCUUCGGCAAUGUCUGCGAGCUCGACCUUGUCUUCAACUUUUACAAGGUCUACGCCAUCCUUGACGAGGUCUUCCUCGCCGGCGAGAUUGAGGAGACGAGCAAGCAGGUCGUGCUGACGAGGCUGGAGCACUUGGAUAAGCUGGAGUAACGUGUGUUGGGGGGAGAGGUUCGAAAUCACAAAAGGGGGGAGCGCCAGAGAGCGUGGGGCAUCACGGUCGUUGAUGUGGGUUGUAAUCACGGUUGGAGACUGGUGGGCUUCCUUCUGUGUCAUGCAUAGGCGUUCUGGUGCGCAGGAGUCCGGAGUUCAGUCACGAGCGACAUGCAUGCAAUCGACUUCGGCAAUGGGGCAGCUAUUGAUAUUGGGAAAGCCCCUACUAGGCUUCAAAUGAGAACGAGAAUCUCGGGGAUUACUUCUCCCCGUUGGAAAAGGCGAAAGAGUU